AUGUUAGGAACCAAAGUGGUCCAUCAGAAAUCUCACAGACUGACUCAGUCAAUUACUUUGCAUACUUUCUGCACAAGCGAACCACUGUCCUUUUCCUGGCAUCCUGGAAACAGCUUACGCAUGCAAUUACCGAGUGAUAUUGAUCUAACGGCCAACUAUCUGAGCUCAGACCCAUCAUCGCGUCAGGUUGUGUUUACGCCGUGCGCCGUGCGGAAAGCAUGCCGAACCCGGGAAACAUGUGACGCAAAUGAAUCACAAAAAGACCAAGGAAGUCUCUGGCAAAUAGACUUCAUUCUCCGAAAUGGCCGUCUCUCUAGUCUGAUUGGCACGCCAAGAAAACCAAGCCUCGCAGCGGUAGUAGAAAACUAUGCGUCUGGCUUUCAAGAUUUUGAAACUAUCACACUAUGGGAUACAACAAACUUCGCCGCUAUAGCAGGGGGUACGGGGAUAUGCCCGUAUUUAGCACUUUCGGACACACUUAAUGAAUUGAACGAAGUGGAAUCCAAACGCCGAAUUCUGUUAUGGUCUAUCCGUUACAAUGAUUUGACGUUUGUCAAAUAUGUGCUGGACGUUAGGUAUCUAAGUCUGGAUCAAUGGUCGGAGAUAGUCAUAUUUGUUACCUCGGGGGCAGAGUCGUAUUGUCAGAGCGCGCAUGCCCUUACGGUUCAGAUUGAAAAGGUGAGAAGUGAAUUGCCAGUUGAGAAUCAAUCGAGACUUCGUUUUGUUCACGGUCGUAUGAUGCAAGAGCACCUGGCAGAUGCGGCAAAUAAUAUGGACUGUACUGCAGGGCAUUAUAUCUUUUUCUGUGGAGGAAAGGGCUUUCAAUGGCAGAUAAAGAGAUGGUGUUUGCCUAGAAAACUAUCUGUUAAAAUAAUCCAACAGCCGGUCGAUUCUACUGGCAAAGAGUAAUCGGAAAUCUAUGAAUGGCUAAAAGAUCCGUGUACAUGUGUAUAUCAAGUAACGCACGGCGAGAAAUAAAUUUAAUGUAUGUGAGGAUCAUUCUUCAUAUGCUCUAAUUUCAAAAACACCCCCAUAUACAUGCUCGUUUUCUCCGUGGAUUUCCAGGAUCUCCAACCCGAGGGCAUCGGUAGUCACCUUUCUAGCUAAUAAAACCUCACGGCGUGCCAAGUGAUUAUUACUCUCUUCGUAUAAUGUAACCUCGUCGGUCGUGGAAAGGUCCAAUAGCCGCCAUGAUUUCACGCAAAAGGGAAUAUUAGCCUCCGGAUGGCCUCGCAAUACGGAUUCCAUUGCUGUGUGAAAUGUGUAAGUGAAUAGAAACGAGCAUUUGAAUUGAAGAAGAGAGGAGGAAAGUUCUAACCAUGAUCGAAAUCAGUAUCAAAG